UUGUUUAUGAAAUGUAGCAGCUGAGAAGCAGCGCUCUCUGCCUUACACUAAGGUUAGGGGAGCCGAGUGGGCUGCAAUUUCCUUUUCUGCCUGGCCUGACCCCAGAUUGCUUGCAAAGAGGCAUUUUUUUCCUUUCACAGUAACAGGCGAAAGAGAAAGCAGUAGAGUAGUGUUGGUAAAUUACAUGCAGAUUUCUUCCAUCAACACUACCUUGGAUCAACACAGAAUCAAUUUAAUAAAUACUGGUCACCUUUGGUGAUUCACUAAUUUUCAUCACUCAUUAGGAUCUCAAUGGGAAAGUUCAUUGUACUGUGGAUUCUUUGAAAAUUUGGGGGUACUCCAGAGCAUGGCGUACCCAGGAAAACUACGUUUGCGAAGAUCCUUUAGUGAGCAUAUCAAGGAUUCUACCAACAGAGCAUGGGAUAUUUUCUGGAAAAGUACAAGAGAAAAGCGCCUCUCAGAAAUUGAAGCGAAGGAGGCCUGUGACUGGCUCAGAGCUGCAGGAUUUCCUCAAUAUGUGCAGCUGUUUGAAGACUGUCAGUUUCCACUUGACACAAACCUUGUAAAACAAGACCAUGAAUUUCUGGACAGAGAUGCUGUUGAUUCACUAUGCAGGAGACUUAAUACACUGAAUAAGUAUGCAGCAAUGAAGCUUGAAUUUACUCAUCACAGAAAACGGGAUGAAGAUUCUGAUGAGGAAGACUCAUACGCAAUAAGCAACAAAUGGACCUUUCAGAAACACAACAAAAGCUGGUCACGGCUGGAAAGUUUGGAACGCUCCUACCCUGACAUGGAAUUUGUUGCUUUAUUACCUAGUAGUCCAUGCCUUGUUGACACUGAUAAUGUAGAUAAUGAAGAAAUAAUUUUCUCAGACCCAAGAGACAGGCAUGACACCACCUCCUGUCACAGCUCAAGUAGUACUGAUAGCAUCAACUUUCCCAAAAACUCUGAUGACUUGGAGACAAGUCGGAGUUCUUCUCGCUGCUCUUCUCACAAAGUGGCUUCUCCUGAUCAACCUUUCAGCUGCCCCUCUUCCCCUACGGAACACUUCAGCCUUACCUGUGAGGAAAGGGUUUUGGGAAAGCCUCCAAAGAAGAAAGGCAGAAGCCUGCUGAAGAAGAUGGAGACACUACGCAUGAGAAGUUCCAGUUUAAAGAAAUCUUCAGGCAGUAAAGGCAAGCCUGUCAUCAGUGGACCUGUUCUCCAGAAAGGCUUUGAGGCAGACAGACUUAAGCAUCUUAACUGCAUAAAUAUCUCUGAAUUCUGUGAUGGACAGAGUAAGGGACAUUUUUCCUCUUCUCCCCAGACUUGCAGUAGCAGUAGCCCAUCUGAGAAUAGCAGUGCUGUAAGUACUCCAAGUCCAGUGAUCCGUGUCAGAAGCCAGUUGAAGAAAGCCGGCUGCACAGUGGAUUUUGAUCUAGCUAAUGAGUCACAGUGGGCAGAUAUACAGAACCAGAACCUAAAAAAUGAGAGACAUUUCCAAGGUAAUCUAUUUUUUCAAAUCCCACAGGGUCACAAACCUGGCACAUUCCCUAAAGCACUUACAGAUAGCAUUUUAUCACCAAUAGAUAAUACUUCUGUAAACUGGAGAACUGGAAGUUUCCAUGGCUGCAGACGAAACAGAUUCAGAACAAGUAGCUGCAAGGAGAGAGGGUCUCCGAGUAGCCCUUUAGCCUAUAAUGAAAACCGGUUCAGUAUAUAUGACAAUGUUCCAGGAAUCCAUAUGACUCAUGACAACUCAAAUAUGCCAGCAGAACUUGAUGAUAAUGUUUUUGGGGAACUGGAUGAUGUGCUUCAACAUGUCAAUGGUCUACAAAAAUCGAUCAGCCAUUGGAACAAUACGUUUUCUGAUGAUGGAGACUCAGAUUUUGCAAAUGAUUCAAACUCACCUUGCCCACCAUCUCCAAUAGACAACCAUGCUGAAAUCAAAAAGGAUCAGGAUGAGGAUUUCACAAAGGCAACAACAAAGAAUACUGUAAUUGUAAAUAAGGAAAAAAGUGAACUGCAGUCUGUGGAGCUGUUGCAUAAGCAAGACCUGGCAAUGGAGUCAUCAUUAACACAUUCUAACAAGCAGAAGAGAUUACCCUGGUACAAAGAACAGACCCCUGCUCUUCUCGAGCAGAUCAGCUCUCAAGGAGUGACUCGACUGAUUUGGCUACGAAAGCUGGCUCUUUUGAAACUCACAACUUUAAUGGAUAAGUACUCACCUACCUGCAAGCAGGGCUGGAACUGGACUAUUCCUAAAGCAAGGAAAAUCAAGACCAUUGACUAUGGAAACAGAGGUGUAUUUGGGGUCCCACUGUUUUUGAAUGUUCAGAGAACUGGUCGUCCUUUACCACACAGUAUUCUACAGGCUAUGGAAUUCCUACGAAAUCAUUGCUUAGACCAGGUGGGACUUUUCCGUAAGUCAGGUGUAAAGUCCAGGAUCCAGGCUCUGAGGGAAAUGAAUGACACUGAUCCAGAGAACACUACUUAUGAAGGACAGUCAGCAUUUGAUGUGGCAGAUAUGCUAAAGCAGUACUUUCGUGACCUUCCUGAGCCAAUAUUUACUAGCAGACUCUGUGAGUCAUUCCUUCACAUUUAUCAGUACCUACCAAAAGACCAACAUCUUACAGCAGUACAGGCUGCUAUCUUCCUUCUGCCAGAUGAGAACCGGGAGGCACUACAGUCACUCCUGCACUUUUUUAGAGAAGUGGUUGCCUGUGUAGAAGAAAACCAGAUGACUCCAACAAAUGUGGCAGUUUGUCUUGCACCAUCUCUCUUUCACCUCAAUACCCUGAGAAGAGAAAACUGUACUAGGUCUCGGUCUAUCCAAAGAAAGUACAGCCUGGGAAAGCCAGAUCAGCGAGACCUUAGUGAAAAUCUUGCUGCUACACAAGGACUGGCUCAUAUGAUAGCAGACUGCACCCAGCUCUUCAAGGUGCCUGAAGGCUGGCUUACACAGUGUCCUAACCUGCUUGAAGAACAUGGAUUGCUAUGCAAAGGUAUGCCAGGACUUCCUAGUGAAGAGAAGUAUUCCAGCAUGUUGACUGCUCUCCAAAGUUCCAUUCAGGACCUACUCCAGGAUGCCAAGGAAGGAUUCAGAGGAUGGUCAAAUCAUGUGACAGUGGAAAAUGUUGAUUUGGCAUUCAAAAAAGUAGAAGAUGAGUACCCGCUCCGACUCUGGAAAGCAUCCACUGAAGUAGGAGCUCCUCCAGAGAAAAUCCUACAGCGACUACUAAAGGAACAACAUAUGUGGGAUGUGGAUAUGCAGGAAUCUGAAAUCGAGUCUCUGUGUGACACUGCAGAUAUCUAUCGCUUUGUAACACAGAGUCUAACUCCACAGCCGCCAAGAGAAUAUUUAGUGUUGAGGACAUGGAAAACGGAGCCCCAGACAGGUAACACUGUGCUGGCAGCAACCUCCGUGGACUGCGGAGAAGAAUGCCAAAAUGGGAUUAAAGGUCAUGUGAUCACAUGCCAGUAUCUUACUGAACCAUUGGGUACCCAAAGGUGCAGACUCACACAUGUGUGUAGGACAGAUACAAGAGGCCGGACUACAGAGUGGUACAACAAAGUCUUUGGUCACAUUUGUGCAGCUUCAGUCAUUAAAAUAAGGGAGAGUUUCAAGCAGCUCAGCACAGACAUGAAAGAAACAAAAAUAUAACGGGCACAACUUAAAUAAAAUAAACCUAUCAUGAUGAAGUGGCAAUCCACUGGAGGCAGAAAAAAACAGAAGAAAUUCAACUCAAGAGAGAUAGUGAAAGAACUAAAUGAUAUUAAAAAUCCUGCUCUGUUUUAAGGAGUGAAAGAGACAGGAAUAAUGUGCUACACAUGUGACAAUGAUAUCGUAUUUUCACAUUGGAGCCACACAAGAUUUCCAUUCAGGUUCCAUUGAUGAAAUGGUUAAAAGACUAAAGACAUUUGUUUGGCAGAUGUUUAUUUUUCAUUCUGGUGCAGAGUUCAGUCCUAUAAAUGUACCAGCACUCAAUGUUAAUUCAGAUAUAUAUGUUUAUAUAGUAAAUUAUUGAUACUCAAAGGAAAGCUUUGUUUUUCAAAUUAUGUAUAUUUUAAUUGAUUUAAUAGUUUUUGUAAGAAAGAGUAUUAUAUUUACUUUACGAGUAUUUUAUAUGCUUAUACACAGCAAAUGUGCU